CCGUAAUCCACACCGCCCAAACAAAGCGUCUCGACAAUACCCCGGACUCUCUGACUCUCUCCUCCUUAUGAUUAUUCCUGAUUGUUCCUUAAGCUUUUCCUGCAGUUUUCCCUCUGUGCUUUGUUCUACCCCGGUGGUGCUCCGUGUGAGCUCGAUCCUCAAGAUCUCCUUCCUCCAUCUUACCUCAACUGACAGUGGUCAACCGCCAACCCUGCCUCUCGCAGUCCACUCGAUCGGGCCUCGGUUUACAGGCGCAUUCACGGCCCAGUGCGAAUAGACCUCACACUUCCACCUCCGCCUCCGACAACUGACCAACGCGCGCGCACACCACGAAAACAUUUCCACAACGGUGGUCCCCCAAACAUCAAGCUCACGCGACGAGUAGGCAGAACCCGUCGUGUUGACUAUCUAGUACUGCUCAGUGUUCUACGGGAGGCUUGUCAAGGCACAGCGCCGGUACCGUCGACUAACGUCAUAAUGGGAGAGACUGCAGUGCAUCGGUCUGCAGGACUGGGAACAACCAUGAAGAAUGCUUCUUGGGUUCUUUUGACGGCACAGUAUUCUGCCUUUGUCUUGUUGUCACAUUAUUCCAGGGUUAUGCCGCCAGCUGGCGGCAGACGGUAUCUGACGUCCACUGCCGUGUUGCUCAACGAGGUCGCAAAGCUCGCCAUUUCCUUGACCAUAGCCCUAUACGAGGUAUCCAAGACGGCACCUCCUUCGGUUCCUGCAACGUCGCUCUUCUUCUCACUUACCUCCGCUGUGUUCUCCGGUGACAGUUGGAAGCUCGCGAUCCCCGCUUGCCUUUACACUAUCGCCAAUUCUCUGCAGUACAUUGCGCUUUCGAACUUGCAAGCUGCUACUUUCCAGGUGUCGUAUCAGCUGAAGCUUCUCGUGACGGCCAUUUUCAGCCUGUUCGUCUUCAAAAGGUCGAUUUCUUUGCGCAAAUGGGGUCUGCUGGCACUCCUCGUGAUUGGAGUCGCACUGGUGCACAUACCAGAUGGCAGCGUCGACGAGGCCCACUUUGAUGAAACUGCUCAUCUUUCCUUCCCGCGUUCUUUGGAGGAGUGGAAGGCUGCUAAGCUGGGACGCGAAAACCUGCACAAGCGUUCUGCCACCUACGAAGGAAUUGAGGAGGAUAUCCUGACUGCUAACCCUCGCUUGAACGGGACAAUUGGUCUCUUGGCUACUGUAGGUGCCUGUGUUGCCUCUGGCCUUGCCGGUGUGUAUUUCGAAAAGGUGAUCCAGGACAGCGCGAAGGCGACCUCGCUCUGGGUCCGCAACGUUCAACUAGCCAUUUACUCUAUCUUCCCUGCCCUUUUCAUUGGAGUUGUAUUUUUGGACGGCGAGAAAGUUGCGGCCAGUGGUUUCUUCGAGGGAUACAACUGGGUUGUUUGGUCUACGGUGAUCAUUCAAGCUUUUGGCGGAAUUGCGACCUCUUUCUGCAUCGGAUAUGCCUACAGGGACGCCAGGAAUAUCGCUACAGCUGCAAGCAUUGUCCUCACAAUGCUAGCGAGCACCUGGCUCCUUGAGUUUGAACUCACUGCCAAUUUCCUCCUUGGGUCCUUUGCAGUCCUUGUGACCACUUGCCUUUGUGAAGAGUCGAGCGCCAAUUCUGCUAAAGCUCAACGGCAGACUCUUCGCCCGCCCCCCAUUCGAGUCGACCGCUAUGAGAAGGACAGCAAGAGUGGCGAGGCCUCGCCAGCCUCGCCUUCUCCGAACGAGAUUUCUAUCAAGCUUCCUGGAACGCCUUUCUUGUCUGAUGCCGGCCUUUCCACGUCACGACCUACAUCACCGGGCCAUGUACGUGUCAGUGCUGGUCGCAACUCCAACGGCGGAUACUUUGAAAAGCAUUCUCGGGAUCAAUGAGCCCGAAUCUGCGACUAGCAAUCUUUGCUAGUGGCUUCUGAAUUUAUGCGACACUGUAUCAUGGCUCCAGAAGUAAAUAUGGAUGAACAGAAAUGGUGAUGUCUCUUACGCUCUCGAUGGAAUGUGCUCAACUUCUUGUACUCUACCUUAUUAUUGUUUCUAUCCGCUUGUUGAUUAUAGCUGGAUAUGAUGCUCAAAUCUUAUGCCUGUAUACAUCAUGUUUCUGUAUCAUACCAAAGCAAACUUUACA